UCCUGCCAAGCAUAGAAGAGGAUAGCAUCGAGCGAGUGGAUCUUCCUAGAGUUUUUUAAGGAGAGGGAAAGAUAAAAGAGAGAGAAAGGGGGAAAAGUGGAAGGCAAGGACAUCUUACAUACCUUGCUUUGCUUUGUUUUUGCGGCUUUUGAUGGGAGCAAAAUGCCCCGCCUUUGCUUUGGAAUGCGGGAAUGAGAUGGUCUUGCAGUCGUCGUCGUCGCCGCCGCCCUGUUGGUCGUGGUCGUCUUCGUCUUCGUCUUCGUUUCCGUCUUUGUCACCACCACCGGCGCCUAGAGAGAAUGCGGGACGAAGCUGAUCAUCCUCUCCUCCAGCCAAGCGAAAGCCAGCGGCAGGAAGAACUGGAGCUGGAGCUGGAGCGGCACUCCAAAGUCCUGGUAACUGUGAGCUUGGAGAGCCAGAGCUUGGAGAAUCUUUCGUGGGCGGUCACCGUUGCUUCGCGGCCGGGUGAUACCGUCGUCGCUCUUCACCUCCUCGAGGACUCGGAUUCAGGUGCGCUGGUUGGUUCCAAAGUUUCGUUUUUUCCUCCUCUCUUGUUCUUCCCCUUCACGGCGGCUCUUGAACUGACUUGGGAAAUAUCCUUUCUUGCCUCUUGCCUCUUCUCAGAGAUCCGUUCCAUCGAGAAGCAGUACGAGCGGGCGAGAGCGGGAGUGCUGUCGCUGUUGGAGCAAUGCCGGGAGCUGUGCCACUUUAGACAGGUUACUACGAACGUCAGGAUCGUCCCCACUUUCAAUGGACCCAAGGCGGUGCUCCUGGAGCAAGCUGCUUUUCUCGACGCCACCACGCUGGUUUUGAGCUCGUCGGAUGUGGCUCCAGAUCUCAAGCUGAGCGGCUUCACCGAGUGUGGAGCGCAGUUUCCUGGACCACCGCAAGGCUGCUUAGUUUUCGUUGCUCAAAAAAAGAGAAGAAUGAGCAGCAAAAAACUCAUCAGCAGCGGCGUGAUCUCCGUCCAAGGUGAACUUUUGGUUCCGGACGACCCCCAGCUCGCUGAGAAAGAGCAACGCGACGAAUCGGUGCAGAGGCUACUGCCGCAUAAAGGGUUUCAGUGUCACAUCACCACUGAUCCAGUAGUGGCUUCUUCCGAGCUUCACUGCUGCAAGGCCGCCCAUGCCCGUCUCGAUAUCCCAAGCGACUACUCUCCCCGGGGUGUUCUCGAGGGGCCGCAUUCGGAUUCCAACGACGGUGGCGCGUCCCCGGAAGAACAGAGCUCCGGAUCCUCCCCGGUUUUCCCGCUGCUCGUCUCCACCUCCAGUAAUGCCGCUGGUAGAGUGGAGGACCAGCGAGAUGAGGAGGAGGAGGAGGAGGAGCUCCAAGCGUCGUGCUUGAAUCUGUUUAGGCACAUGAAGCGCCACAACACUUUCCCUGCGACACCAGGUUCAGCGGUCCAGCGCCACCGGAGACUCAUCCCCAGCUUUAGUUGCAGCUCCGCUCACAGUGGCAUGAGAUUUUCCAGCUACAACUCGGAGGAGGCGGAGCUCAGCCUGCAUUCGAUGUGCGCCGCCGGUGACAAGCCCCCCUGGAGAUGCUUCACGUACGACGAGAUUCUGCUGGCCACAAGCUGCUUCAGUCCUGAUAAUCUCGUUGGGAAGGGUGGCUACGCCGUCGUCUACAAAGGCACCUUAUCCGACGGGCAGCUCAUUGCAGUGAAGAAGCUCACCAAAGGCGACUCGGAGCAGCAUAAAGAAGGCGGCUUUCUCACGGAACUCGGCAUCAUUGGUCAUGUGACUCAUCCAAACACGACGCCUCUGAUCGGCUUCUGCGUGGAGCGGGGCCUGCACUUGGUCUUCCCCUUCUCCCCCCAUGGAAGUCUCGCGUCCGUCCUUCAUGGAACCAAGUCCAAGGCGUUGGAGUGGUCGGUGCGGAGGAAGAUUGCGCUUGGCACUGCCAGAGGUCUUCAGUACCUCCAUAAGGUCUGUCCAAGAAGGAUAAUUCACCGGGAUAUCAAAGCCUCCAACAUACUUCUCGGUCCCGACUUCGAGCCGCAGAUAUCUGAUUUCGGCCUCGCGAAAUGGCUUCCGGAGCAAUGGACACAUCAUACUGUCACUCCCAUUGAGGGGACUUUCGGGUACCUCGCACCGGAAUACUUCAUGCACGGCAUUGUGGACGAGAAAACCGAUGUAUUCGCAUAUGGAGUGCUGCUUCUCGAGCUCAUCACCGGACGGAAGCCGAUCGAUGCCAUGCAACGGAACAUAGUUGUCUGGGCAAGACCAUAUCUGGAAUCCUGUAGCAUCCAAGAGCUGGUUGAUCCCGCACUUGCUGGUGCCUACGACUCCAACCAGCUGCGAAAGUUGGUACUGGUUGCCACCCUGUGUGUCCGACAAUCCCCUCUUUGGCGGCCCUGCAUGAGCCAGGUUUUGAAGCUGCUUUCUGACGAGACACUGGACCAGGAGCUUCCAACCAACUGGAGUACUCUAGUCUGCAACGCAACCGACGUUGACGAUGAGUACACGAGCAAUGAAUAUCAUACUGACAUGAACCGGCAUAGAGCUCUCGCUCUGGGGACUUGAGAGAACUUUCUAUUCUUUCCUCUCUCGUAUCGUUCUGCUGCUGCUGCUAUUGCUAUUCCUGCUGUUGAUCACUUGUAACAUAACCUUCCUGCUGCGUGGAGACUGCCGAACAGAAGACUAAUGAGGAGCUGUAAUAAACAAGAUGUACAUUGCUGCCGGCAAUUCUUUUGAAAAAAAAUAGUCACCUUGAAUGAA